AUGAUAACUUCAAAUGGAAUAAUAUCAACAUUAAAUUAUUUUUCAAUAAAUCAAACUUGUCAAUUAUUUUAUACAAAUGACAGUUCGGUUUUAAUUGAAUUUAAUCUGAAUUCUUCUUUGAUAUUUAUGAAUCAAUCAGCAAUGUACAUAGCACUGAAUCAAAUCACAUCAACAUCACCAUCGUCAUCAUCGUCGACAACAUCGUUGUCAUCAUCAUCAAGCACAUCAUCAUCAUCAUCAACAACAACAUCCUCAUCAUCAAGCACAUCGUCGUCAUCAAGCACAUCAUCAUCGUCAACAACGUCAUCAUCAUCAAGCACAUCAUCAUCGUCAACAACAUCAUCAUCAACAACAACAACAUCAUCAACAACAGCAGUACCAGGAUGGACAACAACAGGAAAUAUGAGUUUUACACGGCAAUAUCACACAGCAUCCACAUUAACAAAUGGCUUAGUAUUAGUUGCUAGUGGGCAAAGCAGCGGUGUUUCUCUUAAUAGUGUUGAAUUAUACAAUCCAUCAACAGGCACUUGGACAACUACAGGAAGCAUGAAUGCUGCACGAUAUCAGCAUACAGCAUCCAUAUUAACAAAUGGGUCAGUAUUAGUUGCUGGAGGACUGGGCAGCGGUGGUUCUCUCAACAGUACUGAAUUAUACAAUCCAUUGACAGGCAUUUGGACAACCACAGGAAGCAUGAAUGCUGCACGGCAAUAUCAUACAGCAUCCACAUUAACAAAUGGCUUAGUAUUAGUUGCUGGAGGACUGAGCAGCGGUGGUUCUCUCAACAGUACUGAAUUGUAUAAUCCAUCAACAAAUACUUGGACAACUACAGGAAGUAUGAAUAUCGCACGAUAUGAGCAUACAGCAUCCAUAUUAGCAAAUGGAUCAGUAUUAGUUGCUGGUGGAUACAACGGUGCUUAUCUUAAUAGUGCUGAAUUGUACAAUCCAUUAGCAGGCACUUGGACAACUACGGGAAACAUGAGUUUUGCACGAGCAUAUCAUACAGCAUCCAUAUUAGCAAAUGGAUUAGUAUUGGUUGCUGGUGGAUUUAAUAGUAGUGAUUCUCUCAAUAGUGCUGAAUUGUACAAUCCAUCAACAGGCAUUUGGACAACUACAGGAAGCAUGAAUGCUGCACGAUAUUCGCACAUAGCAUCCGUAUCAGCAAAUAGAUUAGUAUUAGUUGCUGGUGGGCGGGGUAGCAGUGGUUACCUCAAUAGUGCUGAAUUAUACAAUCCAUCAGCAAGCACUUGGACAACUACAGAAAACAUGAGUUUUGCACGAGCAUAUUACACAGCAUCUAUAUUAGCAAAUGGAAAAGUAUUAGUUACUGGUGGAAGGAGCAGCAGCAGUAGUGUUUAUCAAAAUAGUGCUGAGCUUUAUUAA